AUGGAUCCAGACGCAGUUGCCAAGGCUUUCGUGGAGCACUACUACAGCACCUUCGAUGCGAAUCGCACAGGGUUGGUUUCUCUCUACCAGGAAGGAUCCAUGUUGACCUUCGAAGGCCAGAAGAUCCAGGGCUCUCAGAACAUCGUCGCUAAGCUCACCAGCCUCCCGUUCCAGCAGUGCAAGCACAACAUCACCACCGUCGAUUGCCAGCCGUCUGGUCCCGCCGGCGGUAUGCUCGUCUUCGUCUCCGGGAAUCUUCAGCUCGCUGGCGAACAGCACGCUCUCAAGUUCAGCCAGAUGUUCCAUUUAGUAUCGAAUCAGGGAAACUACUACGUGUUCAAUGAUAUAUUCAGGUUGAACUAUGCCUGA